UUCAAAUGGAUUACUGAUUACACCAAGAAAAAUCUCCCCGGGCGGCGCGCGGAUUGCCCGGGGAGAACUGGGAGCGUGGGACAGGCGUGAUGUUGCUUCGGCUGCUGCUGGCGGGUCUGGCAUUGCUGGGGGUCGUGUACUUCCUGAAGGGUUUCUUAUUGCAACUCACUGACGAUGGAGCAGAAAACGGUUCGCCCGAUGCAGGCAAUUUGACAGAUCUGGAGCUAGCACAGAGAGCCUUCAGGACGGGCAACGAUGAGAAGGCUUAUAGCUUGCUCAGCAACUGCCUGGCAGAGGAGUCCAAGGCCCCCAUGGACUUGGCCAUGUGCAAAACAGCCUUGGGCGAAUUGUACCUGGUGGGGUCCACGGUGACGCCGCGCAAUCUCACCAAGGCCAAAGAGCUUUUUGAGGAGGCAGCCUCUGUUGGUGAAGCGGAUGCGCAGUACAACCUGGCCAUUUUGUACGCCAACCUGCCGGUGGACAACGAUGAACUGCGGAGAAACGAGGCUCUGGCGGUCUUGUACCUCUAUGCCGCUUCAACUGGUGGCCACCCUGGUGCGUUGAUGGCCAUGGGCUAUCGGCACCUGCAUGGCUAUGGCGUUCCACAGGCAUGCACCACUGCAGCCUUGAACUACAUCGACGUGGCCAAGGGUGUUGCAUCCAUCUAUAGUUCUGGCAUGCCGCAAGCCGUAGAGCUGGUACGACUGAACCUUCCACAGAAAGAUCGGAAGGUGUUGAGUUCCUCAGAGCUGAACCUCUUCGUGCAGAUUGCCACCAGUGGGGAUAGCACCGUAGCAGCGGCCAUCGGCAAACGCUAUUUGUUGGGAAUCGAAGGAUUCAAACAGGACUUUUCCAAGGCGAAGCAGUACUUGCAGCUGGCAGCCACGCACAAGCAGAAUGCAGGAGCAUUGGCUCUGCUGGGCUACAUCUACUGUCUAGGUCUGGGAACGCCGGUGAACCUGGACACGGCCUAUGCCUACUUUGUGACGGCGGCCAGUUCCAACGACCCGCUGGGGCACAACGGGCUGGGCUACAUCUACUUCCGAGGAACCAACGCCCAGGCGCGGAACUUGAAGUUGGCCUUCAAGCACUUCAAUGAGUCCGCCUAUGGCGGCUCCUCUGAUGGCAUGUUCAACCUCGCUUCCAUGUACCUGACCGGAACUGCAGUGCAAGAAUCUUUCCAAAAGGCGGUGCUGUACUACACUCAGGCCUUGGAUCGAGGACAUACUCCAGCUGCCUACUCCCUGGCUGUGAUGCACCUGAAUGGCAUCGGGACAGUCCGGGACUGUGACAUUGCGGUGAAUCUCUUGAAGAAGGUCUGUGAGCGCGGGGAAUGGGUGAGCAGCAAACUGGUCUCUGCCUAUGACUUCGGUGACAAAAAUCCCAACAAGGCCGCGUUGAUGUUCUUGAAACUCGCGGAAGCAGGGCAUGAAGUCUCCCAGAUGAACGUAGCACAUCUUUUUGACAGCGGCCAACCAAACUUGUUCUCUCCAGACGAAGGAGGCGAGCCGGCCAAAGCUGAUGACUACUUUUGGGAGGAAGACUCGAGAAGCUAUGGGCGAAACAUAGCUCAGCGCUUCUACGAGCUCUCGGCUGAGCAGGGCAGUGCUUCCAGUGAGCUGCGCCUGGGCGACUACGCCUACUAUGGCUGGGGCCGCUCGGCUGGCUUCACUCCGCAAGAGGGGACUUCCGAUGGACCCAUCGUCGACCAAGGUGAGGAUUGGGCGGAUUUUCCUUUGCCAUCCAUCUACACCAGUGACAAAGUCCUUUUGACUCCUCAAAACGUCGACUACGAAGCGGCAUUGGCGAGAUAUCGCAAGACUGCCGACAUGACUGUGACGGGUGAAUGGAUGCAAUCCUUCGUGGCACGAGCAUCCUUCAAUCUGGGCUUCAUGCAUCAGUUCGGCAUCGGCAUUCCGCAGGACCUGAACCUGGCGAGGCAGCACUUCUUCCGCUGCCGCGAGGUGGACCCCUCCGGGCUCCAUGCGCCGGUGACGCUGGCGCUGACGUUGCUGGCGUGCCACCUGCGGUAUCUGAGACUUCCAACGCCUGAUGAGUUCAAGGAACGCUUCUUCGCAGAUCUUCGAAGUCACGUCUUGCUGUUGCACCUGGCAGGGCUGCUGAUCCUUGUGCUGCUGCAGUGCUACCUCUCCCGACGGAGGCAGGCGGGAGCCACAGGACCCGGGCGACCGGCAACCCUCCCAAUGCCCAGCUCGACAUUGCGGGAGGUGGAGGCUCCAGUGGCUGCAACGGCGACGUCGACGUCGAACGAACUGCGACGCCGGACAGGUGAAGGAGUUGUCUUGGACUUGGACUGAGGCUGAAGCGAUUUGGGAUGCAAAGAUAUAUCCUGAAAAAGCCUGAAACAUUCGAAUCUGUAAGAUGAAGAUGAGGUAUUGAUAAGUGGAACCAUGAAUCUGUAGUACGAAGUACUUAAGUGUAC